AUGGUGAAGCUACUGUCACUCGCUGCUGCUGCCUUGAGCUUCUCAAGCGCUGUCGUUGCUGUUCCAUCAAAAUGGGGCGGCUCCUCGACAACAUAUUUCCCUGUCGUUGACAAAUGGCUUAACCAGAAGUGCCCGGGCAAAUAUCAGCCAUGCACAGAGCGCAACAUCAAGGUCCGCAAGGACUUUGAUUCAAUGGCACCAGCUGAGAGAAAAGCAUACACAGAUGCCAUCAACUGUCUGAGAGCCCAGCCAUCGCAACUCGAUCCUAAGGAGUACCCUAGUGCCAUCAACCGAUACUUCGAUUAUGCUGUCGUCCAUGUCAACAAGACACGAGUCGUGCACUUGGACGGAUUUUUCCUGAUAUGGCACAGAAUGUUCCUGCAUGUGUUUGAGGAGGACUUGAGAGAUACUUGCGGUUAUACAGGCGCAUUCCCAUACUGGAAUUGGCCAGCGACUGCCGACAACCUUCGAGGUGCACCUAUCUUCGACGGUUCCGAGUACUCGAUGUCAGGUGACGGAAGAUAUACCAACAACGCUUCCGUUGUCCUUUCUCCCACUUUGUCAAUCCCACAUGGCAGCGGUGGUGGUUGCAUCUUGUCUGGUCCUUUUAAGGGCAUGAACAGAACCAUGAAUGUUGUCACCAACCAGUUCCUCCUCAAUGGUACCCAACCACCACACAGCAUUUACAACAAGAACGAGACAUGCUUGACUCGCGAUCUGAACACCUUUGCCGCCCAGACGUGGACCAACUACACUGCAGUUCAGGUUGCUGUUGAGUCGCCAAACCUCAAGGUUUUGGAGGAUCGCCUCAACGGCGUCAUUGGUGGUGGUUCGCUCGGUAUCCAUUCUGGUGCCCACUUCAUUAUGGGCGCUCCAGCCUCCAACAUCUUCGUCUCUGCUCAAGAUCCAAUUUGGUAUCCAAUGCACACCAUGUUGGACCGUGUUUACGCCAGCUGGCAAAUCAGACACCCUGACAUUGCCAACAGCGUUCAUGGCACAAUGACUGCUCAGAACUUGCCACCAUCCGCCAAUGUUACUUUGGAUACCGUGAUCCCAGAUCAGGGUUACUUCAACAUGGCACCAUACACGAUCGGCGAGCUGAUCAGCACAACCGCUGGUCCUUUCUGCUACAAGUACGAUCUGGCCAUCUAG